AUGGUUGUGCACACUCUUGUGCAAUUUUACGAUCCUCCGCUGAGAUAUUUUACCUUUCAGGAUUAUCAAUUAGCACCUACUUUAGAAGAAUACUCUCAUAUUUUGGGUAUUGGGAUUAAGAACCGAGUUCCUUAUGUCUGCAAUAAAGAACUCCCUAAAUCCCAUAUCCUUGUUGAAGCCCUUCACCUAGAGAAGAAGGAAGUAGAGCUGAAUCUGAAGCUUAAGAGUGGAAUCCAUGGUUUUACCUCAAAGUUUCUGGUGGAUAAGGCCAUUACUUUUGUCGAUGCUGAAAGAUGGAUGGCCUUCAAUGCCAUUCUAGCUUUAAUUAUGGGAUUAUGUUUUAUUUUGCAUAUACCCAACAAAGGUCAUUUCAUUGAGAAUAAAGACAAUCUAAAGUGGUCUCAAAGGAUCAUGUCCUUGAAUGCUGAAGAUGUUUCCUGGUACUCUAGAAGCUACGAUAAUGUCAAACUCGUCCUAAAUUAUGGUGACUUCCCUAAUGUACCUCUUCUUGGUACAAAAGAUGGAAUCAACUACAAUCUGAGAUUGGCACUAUGUCAGUUGGGAUACCCUAGGGUGGAUAAACCUGAUUCCAAUUGUGUCAAAGAUUUUGUCUUGUACGAAGGGGUUGACAAUCCAAAGUUACUCAAGAAGAUUAUUAAGGAUUUGGGAGAGAUAUGUCCUCAAGGAAGAGCUGAAAUGGGUAAGAAGAACUGCAUAGCCAGGGAAGCUUAUACCAGAAAGGUGAAGAACAUGGUUAAAGAGAUGUUGUCGCCAUUUCCAUCAGAGUCGUCUAUGAGCAUCAAGCCUCCCGAAUUCACUAUUAAUCAUAUCUCUGAAGUUGAUAAGCUGAAGGGAAUCAUCAAUGCAUUAGAGAAAGAGAAUGUGAAUCUCAGAUCUAGUCUUGGUAAGAUUUCAUUGGAGAAGGAGAACUUGAAAUUCAAUAUGAAUCAGAAUAGGGAUAAGGCACUUCAAGAGGACAACGAGGUUCAAGCUGAGUCGUACAAGAGAAGAAAUGUAGGUGAAUCAUUGAAGGGAACUUGUGCUAGUCUAUCAGCUAAGAAGAAGAAGCUAGCAGAAACUCAAUAUUAA